AUGGCUGUUCGUGCUCAAUUCGAAAACUCCAACGAGGUUGGGGUCUUUUCGACUCUGACGAAUUCGUAUGCCCUGGUGGCCCUCGGCGCCAGCGAAAACUUCUACAGCGUGUUCGAAGCUGAGCUCCAAGACGUCGUGCCCACAGUCCGCACCACGAUUGCUGGGACCCGCAUCAUCGGCCGACUGACGGCCGGCAAUCGAAAGGGCCUGCUUGUGCCCACGACGACCACGGACCAGGAGCUGCAACACCUGCGCAACUCGCUUCCGGACUCGGUGCGCAUCCAGCGCAUAGAGGAGCGUCUCUCUGCCCUCGGCAAUGUCAUUGCCACCAACGAUCACAUAGCCCUGAUCCAUCCCGAUCUCGAGCGCGAAACAGAGGAAAUCAUUGCCGACGUCCUCGGCGUCGAGGUCUUCCGACAGACCGUCGCCGACAACGUCCUCGUGGGCAGCUACAUGAGCCUGUCCAACCAAGGCGGUUUGGUGCAUCCCAAGACGAGCAUUCAGGACCAGGAUGAGCUAUCCAGCCUCUUGCAAGUGCCUCUUGUCGCCGGCAGCGUCAAUCGCGGCAGCAAUGUCGUCGGUGCUGGCAUGGUUGUCAAUGAUUGGCUAGCAGUCACCGGGCUCGACACCACCGCCACAGAGCUCAGCGUCAUCGAGAGCGUUUUCCGACUGGGCGAGGGCCUGGGACCCAGCAACAUCAACACCAGCAUGAAAGAUACCAUGGUCGAAAGCUUUUACUAA